CAAUUCUUCGUGGGUUUUCCACGCUCAAGCCACCCCACGCGAGCGCUGCUGUGCCUUUUUCUCGCCACCAGCACCACCGACGACUACCACCACCACCCCUUCCUCUCUCUGCUUCCGCAGCAGCUGCUGUCAAGAUGGUGAACGUGCCAAAGUCUCGCAGGACCUUCUGCCCGAGCAAGCAUUGCUCUAAGCACAGGCUGCACAAGGUCACCCAGUACAAGGCCGGCAAGGCGUCCCUCUUCGCCCAGGGUAAGCGUCGUUACGACCGGAAGCAGAGCGGUUUCGGUGGUCAGACCAAGCCCAUCUUCCGCAAGAAGGCCAAGACCACGAAGAAGAUUGUGCUUCGUCUUGAGUGCACCGUCUGCAAGAACAGGCAACAGCAGGUCAUCAAGCGCUGCAAGGUCUUCAUCCUUGGCGGUGACAAGAAGAGGAAGAACGCCAUGAUCACCUUCUAAGCAGUGACCACUGGUCAACCACCCCUUCCGAAACUGUUGAUCGUCCCUUCCUUCUUUGCUUCAGUCAUGUUUGUGAUGUGAUGCGAUGCGCAAUACACUGAACAACUGAUCGAAUGACAGCGUUCACCCCGCGACAUUGCUGAAGGGGAAGGGAGAGGAAUGUGACGUUUAAUCUUACACACACGCGCACGCAG